AGCACGUCCUGCAGGCUCUGCGCAACACGGCCGUGGACCCUGACUCUCUGGGUCCGGACUCGGUUCUGAAGGAGCAAUGGAUCAAAGAGGUGGUGACCCGCUCCGGGAUGAAGUUCAGAUGGGAGAAACUGAGCGAGAGUCGGGAGAGACCCAACAGGGACGCUCACAGGAAGCCCGUCGACCCCUCCCGGCUGAAGCCCCGCCCCCCUGUAGUGACCAUCAUGGGGCACGUGGACCACGGGAAGACCACCCUGCUGGAUUCACUGAGGAAGAGUCAGCUGGUGCUGAGUGAAGCUGGAGGGAUAACACAACACAUAGGAGCAUUCCUGGUCCAGCUCCCUACAGGUGAGAGGAUCACCUUCCUGGACACACCUGGUCACGCUGCCUUCUCGUCGAUGAGAGGCCGCGGUGCCGACGCCACUGACAUCAUCGUUCUGGUGGUUGCCGCUGACGACGGCGUGAUGAACCAGACGGUGGAGUCCAUCCAACACGCCAAGAGGGCGGGAGUGCCGAUGAUCGUGGCGGUGAAUAAGUGUGAUAAGCGCCAGUCGGACCCUCAGAAGGUGAAGCAGGAGCUCCUGGCUCACGAUGUGGUUUGUGAGGAGUUCGGAGGAGACGUUCAGGCCAUCCACGUCUCAGCUCUGAAGGGUGAUAACCUGAUGGAGCUGGCCGAGGCCACGGUGGCUCUAGCUGAGGUUCUGGAGCUGAAGGCGGACCAUGGAGGAGCCGUGGAGGGAUUGAUCAUCGAGAGCCGCUCCGAGAGAGGCAGAGGCCUGGUGACCACGGCUCUGGUCCAGACAGGCACGUUGAGGCGAGGCAGUGUUCUGGUGGCGGGGACCAGCUGGGCCAAGGUCCGCUUCCUAUUGGACGAGAACGGCCGGGCGCUGGAGGAGGCGGGGCCUAGCGUCGCCGUGGAGAUAGCCGGCUGGAAGGAGCUGCCGGCCGCCGGAGACACCAUGAUGGAGGUCGAGUCGGAGCAGAGGGCGAAGAAGGUGGUGGAGUGGCGUGUGCAGCAGGGGGAGGCGCAGCAGCUGUUGGAAGAGCAGGAGCUGAUCCAGGUGAAGCAGCAGCACCACCUGGAUCAGUACCGACAGCAGAGGGAGGGGAUGAUGCACCUCAGCUGGAGGCAGAGGAAGAGGAUCCUCUACAAAACCCACAAGGACCAGCACACCAUGAGACCCAGUGAGAAGAGCAGUGGAGAGGGGGCGGGGCUACAGCUCAUCGUCAAGGGAGAUGUUGACGGCUCAGUGGAAGCCCUCCUGAACAUCCUGUCAUCGUACGACGCUCAGCUUCAGUGUCCUCUGGACAUCCUGGACUACGGCAUCGGAGACAUCUCAGAGAACGACGUCAACAUGGCCAACACCUUCUCAGGUUCAGUUUACGGCUUUAACGUGGCGGCCAGUAAGUCGAUCGUCCAGCUGGCGGAGAAGCUCUGCGUCCCGCUGAGACUUCACAACAUCAUCUACAAACUAAUCGACGAGCUGAAGGACGAGCUGAGCAGCAAACUGCCGCCGCUGAAGACUGAGAACAUCGUGGGUGAGGCGACGGUUCUCGCCAUGUUCGACGUCUCCGUGGGGAAGAGGAAGCUUCCUGUGGCCGGCUGCAGGGUUCAGAAGGGUCUGCUGGACCGGAGGAUGACGUUCAGACUGAUCAGAGGACGAGACGCCAUCUGGGAGGGCCCCCUGCUGGCUCUGAAACAUCACAAAGACGAGGUCCAGACGGUGAAGUUGGGGAUGGAGUGCGGUUUGUCGGUGGACGUUGAGGUGGAGUUCAGAGCCGGAGACGUGGUGGUUUGCUUCGAGGAGCUCGACGCUCCGCAGGUCACCUCCUGGGACCCCGGCUUCUGAACUCAAUGUCCCAGCAUGCACUGCUGCGGACACACAGACUGUAAUGUAAAUGAGAUAAUUUAACUGUCCUCUCGUCCGAAGAAAUAAAUAUCAAGAUUUCUUUCAAGCCGCUACUCGCUACUGAAAACCUGACGGGGUUACGGAUGUUUUUAGGUCAUACCUGAUAUUUAGGAGAGUCAGACGGUUGUAAUCUGAUUGCUCUGUACAUGCUAACAGUGUAUAGCUUAAAUAUUUAUGUUUUCUCAUUAUUUCAAAUUUGUUGGUUUUGCAAUAAAUUCUUGAAUGAAAAAA